CACGCAUUAUAUGAUCAUGAACCGACUAUUAUACAUCAUUUUGCAGACAAUAAUAAAAAGUUUAAAUAUCCACACAUAGCUUCAGGCUUUGGAUUAACAUCAAGUCUAGUAUCAAGUUUAGUACGUAAAAUUAUUGAAGAUGGGGGACCUAAAGACGAUUUUUCUAUUGAUGCAUCCUAUGAAUUCGCAUCGUUUAUUUUGAAGACAGAUACUGGAGCAAGAUUGAUACAUGUCCCUAAUAUAUGCAUCGUGUCUAGUUCUGAUUGUGCUACGUAUCCAAGAUUUUUUCACGCAUGUGGUACGUCUGUCACUACUGAAAAUGUAUAUUUUGCAGUAGAGACUUGUGCAAAAUAUCAUGUUGAAAGAGUUUCCAUAAUUAAGAGAACGUGGGCAAAGUAUGCAACGAACAUUGGCUACUUCAGUGACGCAGCUGAUAAAUAUCUGCCUGAUGCUUUUGUCGUAUUAAAUACAACACAGGGACAUUGUGGAAAAACGCACAAUAUAUUGGAGGAAGCAGAUAAGAUAUUAAAAAAGAAUAAUUUUAAUUGGUUGGUUGUGAGCGAUGACGACACGAUUUUUAGCGUAUCGCGUUUGUUACGUGUUCUAACGUGUUACAAUCCAAACAUUCCGGUGGCUAUUGGAGAACGAUAUGGUUUCCGAGUCUGGGACAGUUAUUAUGGAUAUGACUAUCUAACAGGAGGAGCUGGAGUUGUACUAUCUGCUCCUUUAGUUCAUGAAAUGGUAAAACCUGGCAGAUGUGAUUGCCCAUCGUCUACAACCCCAGAUGACAUGUACUUGUUCGGUAUAUGCUUAGCACGAAUUGGAAUACAGCCUAUACAUUCGCCACUGUUUCAUCAAGCACGUCCUUCGGAUUAUGCGAUUGGAUACCUCGCCUCUCAAGAACCAGUGUCAUUCCAUAAGUUCUGGAUGAUUGAUCCAGAAAUGGUGUACGACGAAUGGUUCGCAGAAGAGGACGAAUCGCUAAGCGUAACUGAAAGGCACACAGAGUUAUAAGAACGAAGUUUAAUUUUCUGUUUUAUACUACCUAAUGAUUGUAUUGAAAUAUAUUUUGUACAAAAUGUC